UAAAAAUAUGCACUAAACCGACCCCAGAUAAUAACAGCCUUUCCAAUUGAACAACGUCUACCAAGGUUCACCCAUUUAGAGUCAAUAUGUAAGAUGAAGAUUCAAAUUCUUAUCUUAGCUUUCGUCUCCAGGAAUCCCAUAACAAUUUUAGCAAUCUCCUCAAAACCCAAUUAUUCAAUCCCCACAAACCUAUUAGCCUCAAUAAUAGUUUGUAUUACUAAUUCAUUUAUUCAAAGAGCUCCCCCUACCAGAUCCCCCAGUCAUAACAAUUUCUUUAGCAACCCCAAAUAAGACAACCUCAACUACCUCUAUAAUAGAAUCAAAUUCUGCCUGUUACUUCUCAACCCUUCAUUCCUGCUCGAUAAUAAAGUCCCAUCAGCGUCAGACCCUCCUAUCAACCAGUUACUGUCCAAGUUGCCCCUCCCGUUCAAUAAAUGGUCUUGCAAUAACCAGUGGUACCCUAUGUUAACAAUAAUUUCCCUAGGCUGUUCAACCCCAAACCCAAGUCUAAGAGUUCAGACAUGUCGAAAGACCCCUCUAAGUCAUCACCGUAGAUGGUAACUAUUUAGUUGAAUAUUUACAUCAGAAAUCGAAGCUCCAUGGAGACUGAAAUGUGCCACCCUAGAGAGACAGAUCUUGGAAUUAUAGAUAUAAAUAAGAAAGAACAACGGAACUAUCGUAGAAGAGACAGUUUAAGAAAUAUAAGAUGAUACAAAAGUGAAAAACCUAGAACUAUAAAAAUUGGAGUUAGAAUAAAAAAUUCAUGAGGAUGAACAAUUGAUGGAUGAAUUGAGAAAUAGACUUGAAGAAUUGAGACAAGAAUAUGAGGUAAUCAUCACUGAAAAGGUUACAUAUGCAUCAAAUGAAGUUGAAACUUGGAUGAAAAAGUAUGCCAAUUUAGAGAAGAAUUAUGCUCAAAGCACACAGAAAAUAGCAGACUUAAAGAGACAAUUGGCACAAGUUGAAGCUGCUGACAAAGCCAUGCAAGAGUAGAAGAAGUCUGAAGUUCGUACAGAAGUCCGUAGAAGUUCUAAACUUUAUUGAAUAUAAC